UCCCUACGCCAUUUUUGUUGGGGAGCAGUCGUGUCCAGAAUAGGCGGAUUAGAAUCAGUACAGGUACACCAAAACGGGAGCUCGUGAAUCCAUCUCUUCGAGUCCUCUGCCCCACGGGACAAUUUGCUUGUCCAUCACACUCACGCCAUGUCGUCAGAAAACCUGGACUCGGACACUCAGGUGGACUACGAGGACGAAAAACAGGACUCCCAGGAGAAGAAUGCAAACCCUGUUAAGGCGGAGGAGGCCAAGCUGAAAGCAAAGUACCCCGCCAUGGGGCAGAAGCCCGGCGGCUCAGACUUCCUGAUGAAGAGACUACAGAAAGGGCAAAAGUACUUUGACUCGGGCGACUACAACAUGGCCAAAGCCAAGAUGAAGAAGCUCCCCGUGGCGGGGCCCGACAAGAACCUGGUGACCGGCGACCACAUCCCCACGCCGCAGGACCUGCCCCAGCGGAAGUCCUCCUUGGUGACCAGCAAGCUAGCCGGCUAGCCUCCAUCAUCUUAGAAGCUCCCCCCCCCCGGCGCUCCCGUCAAAUCUCCCUGCUCCUCACCCGUGUCCCUCCCUAAGUCCUUUCCCCUUUUUUAAUCCCCCAGGCACGACUGGCUUUAACAUGUCGGGCAGAGUUGUAUGAGUUGAGACUCCAUUUGCUUGUAUGUGGGCGGGGCGGGGCGGGAGGACCGGAGGUUUCAGGUGACACCGCCAGGCCGCAGCCUUCUCUGCCCUCCCACCACGCACAGCUCUGCCCCCUCUUGCGCACACUCUGCUCCACACUUUUUUUUUUUUUUUUGGUGUUCCAAGAUGCAUCACUGCAGAUGUGUCAUCGGGCGAGGGUUUGGAUGGGGUGAGUUAAUGCACUUUGUAGUCUGUGUAGUAAGCUUUUUGUUCUUUUUUUUGUUUAAUUUUGCAUCAUAAACAACACCAGAAUGAUGCGUGUAAGGGAUUUAGGAACCAUCCUCAUUGAUCUUCAUGUCCCCCGUCCCCCCCCCCCCCCCCCCGUCAGUGCCGGGGGGCUGGUUUGAGCGGGAGGGGUUGGAGGGAAGCGUGUGAAUCCGGGGUCUGCUGCCUCACGCGAGCGCUCUUUAGCGCUCACUGGCGCAAUGUUGGGGAAACGGGCAAAAUAAUUCGGGCCGCGUGUUCCGACAAACAAAACCCGCCUCCGGGCGCAGUCGUUCGCUGCAGCUCGGCCAAACGGGGCGCGUCUUUAAUUAAUUCUCUCCGCUCGUGUUUCUUUCAAUUGGGGACUCCCUUUGCUCCUGGUCUGUCUCAGUAUGUCGCACGAUUGUAACAAAAACAUGGGUUUGUUUUUAACAGGAGUGGGGUAUCUGUUUAGAGAUAGUGAGUAUCAAAGCAAACACGCCGAGCCCUAAAUCAUCCACAGUCCCACUUCCUUCCUGCCUUUCCUUUUUGCUGUCUUGACAAUCCAUGUGCACGCUCCUGAUAGCGUCCAUGACGAGAACCGGCUGAGUCUGUCCCUGUAUUUUUUUUAAUCGCCAGACACCUCGUCAUUAGUUUGGUCUCUUUUGAGUUACAACAAGGUGUGUCUGUCUGAAUAUGUGUGUAUAUAUGUGUGCAUACAUCUAUAUAGAUAUUUAUAUAUAUCUAUAUAGAUAUUUAUGUGUGUGUGUGUAUUUAAGAACGAAUUACAUGCUUGUAAAUAAAAAGCAUGUUUUUCUUGACCCCACUGCAGGUUGGUGUUUCAGUGGGACACGCCAACACGUGUGUAGAAUGCUACAUGCAAUCUCAGUGAUAAGACAAAAUAGUCCUAGCUUUCACAUGUGAAACCGAAAGUGGUUUCCAGGCUUUUAGUAGGACCGACCUGGAAUAAUUGUCCCUACUAAAGCUGCUUGUUAAAGCUAUUAAAAAAAAUCUAUAAGCUCACGUAGCUUUCUCAUCUUUUUGUGUUGGAAAUGGUUUUAACACCUUCACAUUAACAAACACUUCAUACAGUAGAAGAUAACUACUACUACUACGGCCUCCCUUAGGUGGAGUGAGUAACCAUCUUCUACUACAAGAGUUGUCCUCCCAGAACCGACACACUACACAAACUGAUCGUUGAUCUCAAGGGUGUUAGGGGGGGCACACGGGGGCUAGAGUUAGAGGGCUCAUAGUGGGACGCUGCCCUCUGUGCUCUCAUACCAACCGUUGAACAGGCGCCCUCUGAGAAUCAGCCUGCUCGUAUAUCACUGCUUCAGGGAACCUUCCCGAAGGUCGACCGGGCGCGCACACACACACACACACACACCAUCGCAUUCUCAACCUCACCUUUUUUUUCUCAUGGAAACUUCAAAAAACGUGUCAAAUUUUGCAGUUUGUAGAAAGAGAACGGACCUGUACGUAUGUGCUUGUUAUGGGUUUUUUUGGGAAUGCACUGCUUUUUCUCUCUUCUAGCCAUUUGUAAAUAGACUUCAACAGGAUGGGAAUGCUAAUAUUUUUUUGUUGUUGUUUGCCCACCUGCUUUUCACUCUUUCAUAGCCUGGACUUCUUCUCUGAUUCACUGGUUUCUCCUUUUUCCGUUUAAAAGGACUUCUGCUCCGUCUUAGUGAAUCCCAGAGGCUAUGUGAAUCUGUAUCAUAUGAAAAUAUGUGUAAAUGCUGCUGAUUUCAGUCAAGACAAAUCUCAAGCGUUGAUGCCCUGUAAAAAAAAAAAAAAACCUGUCCUCUUGGUUCUACCAGUCCAGCUGCCCGAGUAUUUCCGUUUCAGGGUCCUUUUUAGCUCUUGUGGCAAAGUUGAUUCCGUUGAGAAUAAACCUCGAUGUAACUACAAAAUUUGACUGACGAAGAAACAAUCUUCUAUCAUCAUACUCCGCACCAGUUUUAUCAUUUUAUGAAGUAACGAUGGCCUAAAGAAAGUGGGGUAGAAAAUCAUGUUCUACGAAACCGUGGACCGGAGUUUUUGAUUGCUACUUGAUGUUUGGCUUUGCACAGAGCGGUUCAACAAGAGGAAAUGGCAGGGUUUGUUUGGAAACUAACACACAUGGUGUCUCUCGUUGAGCUAUAUAAACAUGUGCCAGAAUGUAUAAAGAAAUGACAGGCUGUGUGCUCUGAACUACUUUUGUGCUGCUUUUAUCUGUUCUUAUUUUUUUUUUUUGUUCUCUUACUCCAUAAUUAGUAUAUUUCAUCCUCGCCCAAGAUAACUGCAGGGAAAUCCGAGGCACCCUUGCUUCCACGGAAAAAAUAAGCAACGUAAGGGUUUACGUGAUAAGAGGAUGACUGGUGAACCGCAGAAUGCUUUUAAGACUUCAUAAAGUACUGGUGUACUUUGAAUGUUUCAAUUGUGUGGGAGAAGGUGAGAGGAUUUUUGUCAGUAUUUGAAAUAAACUUUUACAUUAAUAAGAA